AAAUUUUAAGGCCUAAACCCCCCGUUUCAAGAACUAGGGUUAUCUUCCCCCUUGUGUUCUAGGGUUUCCGAGAUCGAGUGCCAUGGCGGACUUCGACGAGUAUGAGUACCUGGAGAAGACUGUGGAGGCGCCGGCCGCGGAAGAGAACAAGGAGAAGGAACAACGAAGCUCGCGUCGCCACGACAGAGACGGUGAAUCAGGAGAUCGGGACCGGGAAAGGGAGCGGUCAUCGAGAUCGGACCGCCGUGAUAAGGAUCGUGAUCACCGGAGAAGCCGGAGCAGGGAGAGGGAUCGAGAGAAGAAGGGGGAGAGCGAUAAAGAUAAGGAUAGGGCGCGAGAUCGGGAGAGAGAUGGAGAGCAAAGAAGCAGUAGCCACUCGAGGAGAAAUGAGAAGGAUGAGGACAGGGAGCGGAGGAGCAGUAGCCGCUCAAAGAAGCAUGAUAGAGAUGAUGAUCGGGAGAAGGACAGGGAACGGAGGAGUAGUAGCCACUCGCGGAGGCAUGAGGUGGAGCGAGAGAUGGAGAGGUCUCGAAGCAAGGAUAGGGCUUUAAGAGAAAGAGAGCGAGAACGAGAGCUUGAAAGAGAGUUGAGGGAGAGGGAGGGCAGGAGGUAUAAAGAUAAAAAAGAAGUCGUGGAGCUUGAAGCUGAUCCUGAAAGAGAUCAAAGGACUGUUUUUGCAUAUCAGAUGCCUUUGAAGGCAACUGAGAGGGAUGUUUAUGAGUUCUUCUCUCAAGUAGGAAAGGUCAGGGAUGUGCGCUUAAUUAUGGAUCGAAACUCUAGGAGAUCAAAAGGAGUUGGGUAUGUUGAAUUUUAUGAUGUAAUGUCAGUCCCAAACGCGAUUGCUCUGUCUGGUCACCUUCUUCUUGGACAACCUGUGAUGGUCAAACCUUCUGAAGCUGAAAAGAAUCUAGUUCAGUCUACCACUGCAGGGGCUGCAGGAGCUGCCGGAGUAGCUGCUCUCAGGAAGUUGUAUGUUGGAAAUCUACACUUCAGCAUCACAGAAGACCAGUUACGACAGAUCUUUGAACCUUUUGGUCCAGUGGAGCUCGUGCAAUUACCACUUGACCUUGAGACAGGACAUUGCCGAGGCUAUGGUUUUGUUCAAUUUGCACAAUUGGAACAUGCAAAAGCAGCUCAAAGUUUAAAUGGCAAAUUGGAUAUCGCUGGGCGGAUAAUCAAGGUUUCAGCAGUUACAGAUCAUGUUCCAGGGCAAGAUUCAGGCGCGGCGACAGAAUUGGAUGAUGAAGAUGGUGCUUUGUCAAUAAAUGCUCAAUCUAGGGCUAUUCUCAUGCAGAAGCUAGACCGCACUGGGACUGCAUCGAGUAUUGCAGAAUCCUUAGCAGUUCCUGCCCUUAAUGGUUCACUUACAAAUCCAUUGGGUCUUGGCCUGCCUGUAAACUUACAAGCUUCUUUGCCUACUCUUGUUCCUUCUGCGCUUCCUUCUAUGGUCACUGAACCUGUUGGCAAGGCGAGUGAAUGCUUGUUAUUGAAGAAUAUGUUUGAUCCAAAGACUGAGACGGAACCAGAUUUUGACUUGGAUAUAAAAGAGGAUGUCCAAGAAGAAUGUUCCAAGUUUGGUCGUCUUAGGCAUAUCUAUGUGGACAAGAACAGUGAUGGUUGUGUAUAUUUGUGCUAUGAGAGUGUUGCAGCUGCAACAAGUUGUCAACAGGCAAUGCACGGAAGAUGGUUUGCAGGAAGGUCAAUCUCCACGACAUUCAUGAGCCAGGAGGAAUACGGAGCCAAAUUCAAAGGGGUAAUCUAAUGUGGGCUUAAAACCUGGUUAGUUCUCCUUGCAGAGCCACAGGAGGGAAAUAUGAAGGCUAAAUUCAAGGGGGUUAUCUAUGUUGAUGCUCGUUGAAUCGUCAGGUACGGGUUCCCUCCCUCUGUGCUGUAGUGAUAAUUGUCUUUUUUUUACUUCCCCAAUUGCAUGUUUUUUCCUGACUUGAAUGACUUGUAACAUUGAAAAACUCAAUAUUUUGUGUCAUUUAAAAA